AUGGAUGAAAUUGAUGUCGCCACUAUGAAGCAUGAAAUGGGCGACGCCCCUGUGAAGGAUAACCCACACUACCUCUUCACCUAUGGAUACAGUUUUGGACGGUUUCGCCUUCUUGAAUUCUGCAACGGGACCUCCACACCAUACUCCCUAUACAACUGGGAGGUUGGCUUCCACAUCAUUUCCCUCAUCGUUGCGCGACUGCUGGCCUUGCAGCAGCAUACGCUUGUCUCGUUUUCGAUCCGACUUUGUGCAAGACUAAACGCAACCAGCGGCGCUUUCCCCCUUUCCGGAACAAUAAGUCGCGAGAAGCCGGUACACUGA